UGGCAUCUGCUGUUAAUUUUGUGCCCUUCCUACUACUAUUUUACCUAUAUGAGUGGAUCUAUGUUUUCUGCUUUACAGAUUUCACAUGAUAACAGGGAAAGUGCUUUGUCGUUCGUACAGCUGUUCUAGAGAACCAGAAGAAACUAAGAAGGCAGCAAUGACGAUCUCUAACCAACAAAACUCGAAGGAGAAUCAAGAACCAGAAGACGAUUGCGAGUACGUUGAGAUUGGAGAAUCCGACCUGGAUUGUACUUCUGAUGAUUCGGAUAUGGAUCCAAGUUACAGCAUUUUUGAGGAGACUCAUUCCAAACUCUCUAAUCUCUCUAUCACAAAGAAAUCUAAGUCGCGUAUUCGUGAAAAUGCCGCUGUGGAGGUUGCGGAAAAUCUUGAAGAUAAGAUGAAUGCUUCACACCCAGAUGAGAAAAGUUUCGAGAGAGUUCAACAGAUCAUAGAAGCAGCUGGUCAGCUAGAGAAGCUGAAGGUGGAGCAGUGUAAGGUUUAUCUAAGGAAGCAUGGACUGAGACUUAAUGGCAAUAAAGACACACUGAUAAAUCGCAUAAAGGAGCAUCAAGAGAUUUUGAAUGGUGGAGGGGAGAAAAGAUACCCAAUGUCCAGCUUUGUAUGUGAUUGUAAAGGUGAUGCUUGCAAAGGCGAUGUUGUUAUGUUUGAGCAGAUGGUAUAUGAAAUGUUCAGUAUCGCAUCCCGAAGUGCUACUGGUCCUCCAAUUGGUACCAGGAUAGUUGCUGGUCGCAUUGUAAAGGAAAGCUAUGGAGCUGCCAAGCAGCAGCAUACAUUCACAAUAGAAGUCCUCUGGAGCAAAGGGGAGAAACCAUUGCCACCACUUCACCCCCUCUUAAUCAAGGGUCGCAACCUUUACCGAUUGAAGACUUUAAGACAGAAAUGGAAAGACGAGAGUGAGAGGCAAAAAGCUAUUGCAGAGAAGCAUUUAAGGGGUUCAGUAGCCAGGUCUGAUCGGAAUGUCCGAGUCCACGAAAAGGAAAGGAGGCAAAUGCUAAAGGCAAACAGGAAAAUCCAGGAACAAAAUAGGGCAAGAAUUGGAAUUCAGUCUCGACAGUCGGGUGUAUCAGUUGAACAUAUGAAAAAAGUGGCUGCUUUGCCUCAACAGCUAGGUUUAUCCAUUGAAUCAGGAAAACCGGGUGUUCAAACUAACGUCGUCUUACCGACAAAUGGACCCAAAGAUUUGGGCUCAUCUGCAAAUUUGGUAACACGAGUAGUAGUUCAACCUCAGAAAUCAUCUUAUUCAAGAAAUGUGGCAACUGGAACUCAGCAGCCAUUUUUAUCUGUUAAACCAACUUUGCCUGUUGAUUGUGGGAAAUGGGUUCAACCUCAACAGGAAGGGACUCACUUCCAAAGUUUUACCCACAUAAAGUCUCCCAAUCGUAGUUGUGUAUCAGAAGUGAAUCUCCAGAAAGAUAAUGGUUUUCCAGCACACUACAGGCAACCAAACUUCCAUUUCAAUGGCAAUAGAUCUCCUGUCAACAACAUCUACAAAGCAAAUGAGACUAGUAAGUUACAAGAGCGGAAUUAUCACAGACAGCCAAUGACAAGCUUGAACAGUUAUCGUCCAAUGAGUAUUAGCCCCCCGCCGUUUAGACAAGAUAAAUACUCAAACGCAGAUGGGACUGUGAGGAAUCAUCAUGAAAAGUUACAAGAGAUGAAUUAUCACAGACAGCAGUUGACAAGCUUGAACAGUUAUCGUCCAAUGAGUACAAGCCCCCCACCAUUUAGACAAGGUAAAUACUCAAGCCCAAAUGGGAUUGUGAGGGAUCAUCAUGAACAGCCAUUGACAAGCAGGUAUACCCAUCGUCCAAUGAGUCCUCGUAAACAGCUGUGCCGCUAUUAUGCUCUAGGAAGAUGCCGUUAUGGAGACAACUGCAAAUUUUUGCAUGAAGUGCGAGAAGCAGCAUAUCCAGGAAGAAAUGAAGACAGUUUGCCAUAUAGUCCAAGAAAGUCAGACAGGACAUAUGGGUACUAGAAGGAUUUAGAGUCAUUAGGCUUACUUUUUGGUUACCAUUAACGGUAUUUUGACCUUGGAAAGAUAGCUUUUAAGGUUAUCUGCUGCAAAUAUAAUGUAAGGCAUGCUUAGUGGUUUUUUUUGCCUCUACCACUAUUGAACAGUCUUUUAAAGCUUUCCUUGGUGCCAGAAAUGAAAGUGAGAG